AUGGCUGACGCCGCUCCCCGUGGACGUGGAGGAUUCGGAUCUCGCGGUGACCGCGGUGGUGACCGUGGCCGUGGCCGUGGCCGCCGUGGACGUCGUGGUGGCGCGAAGGAGCAGGAGAAGGAAUGGCAGCCCGUCACCAAGCUCGGCCGUCUCGUCAAGGCUGGCAAGAUCACCAGCAUGGAGCAGAUCUACCUGCACUCCCUGCCCGUCAAGGAGUACCAGAUUGUGGACUUCUUCCUCCCCAAGCUCAAGGAUGAGGUCAUGAAGAUCAAACCCGUCCAGAAGCAGACCCGUGCCGGUCAGCGUACCCGCUUCAAGGCUGUCGUUGUCAUCGGUGACUCCGAGGGCCACAUCGGUCUCGGUAUCAAGACCUCCAAGGAAGUCGCUACCGCCAUCCGUGCCGCCAUCACCAUCGCCAAGCUGAGCGUUCUCCCCGUCCGUCGCGGUUACUGGGGUACCAACCUCGGUGAGCCUCACUCUCUGCCCGUUAAGCAGAGCGCCAAGUGUGGUUCCGUCUCCGUCAGACUUAUCCCCGCUCCCCGCGGUACCGGUCUCGUUGCCUCCCCCGCCGUCAAGCGUCUCCUCCAGCUUGCUGGUGUCCAGGACGCCUACACCUGCUCUUCCGGCUCCACCAAGACCCUCGAGAACACUCUCAAGGCCACUUUCCUUGCCGUCGUCAACACCUACGGCUUCCUCACCCCCAACCUCUGGAAGGAGACUAAGCUCAUCCGCAGCCCUCUUGAGGAGUUCGGUGAUGUCCUGCGCCAGGGCAAGAAGUACUAG